UCACAUCAUCAUCAGAUGAAUGCAGAAUGAGAAGCAAGAUUUGCAGAUAAGACCAAAUGGCAUAUUCCAGUGCAGCGCACGCUUUCCAGAAAGUUUCUCUCGGACCAGUAGUUAUUUUUAUGAAUUCAUGAAGAUCUGACAGAGAUGCUUUUCAGUCUUGGAGGCGGUGAAUUACUCACUUUGAGGAAGUUGCUCAUGUUAGAGGAAAAAAGGUCGCCAUGGUAAGCUACCUGGCUAAUGUAGCUAGCCAUCAUUUGAAGAAAAGACAUGAUGUGUUUCUGUGCAUAACUCUGACAGUGAAUGUGAUUGAUCUCCGACAACCUACAGACAAAACAUCGAUAAUUGCGACUGAAUCAACUAAAAUUGAGAGGAGAACGAAGGAGGGAGGACCAACACCGUUAGCUGAUACCGAUGCUUGGAUGUUGGAUGUUGUUUUGUCAGGGUAUCUAAAAUAUGAAUUCAACGUUGUAAAUCCCUGGUUUGUUUUGAACUAGCUAGAUAACGACAAUAGUUUCAUUGUAUGUAACUAAUUAGUACAUUAUUAGCCAGUCUAUUAGCUAACUAAGAAAGUAAUAGCAAGCCAAUUGCAAUUUGUUAUUGCAGCUGGCUAGCUAACAUGUUAGCCUGCUAGCUAACUAACUAGCUAGAUCGUUUAUUAUGGGACAGCAGCCAAUUGUUAGUACAGUAGGUAUUGACUGCUGAAGAGUGGCAGUCAAUAAAGCUGUCUGUCCACUGUCCAGUUAUUCUCUAGUAAAUGGCACUGAUAAGGAUGUAGUGAGCCAUCUAAUCCAUGGUACAAUAGUCACCAAUAAAAACACAGCCAGGAUUGUGCCAAAGUAUAUCAUACUUUACUGAAUCUAGCUUGAAAGUUGAAAGUGGUUGACACUUCACCAGAAGGGUCAUUACACGGUUUUGGAACAGCAUUCUGCAAAUAAUUAUAUAGAAAACCUCAGAGGAACGUAACAUAACACUUUAUUGACAACACCCAAGUCCACCGCUUCGCUAUGCGUCUCUCCUCCUUCCUGGCCGUGUUCAGGCCUGCUCUUCCCCUUAUCCUGGGGCUCUCUUUAGGAUGCAGCCUGAGCCUGCUGAUGGUCUCCUGGACCCAGGGAGACACAGAGGACUCGUGUCGAGGUGAACUGGGCAAUGGGGGUCUCUUCAUGGGCAGCAAUAGGGGAGACCCACCAGGGGACCAUAAAGGUGGUCCUGGGAAUGAGGACUUCCAGCCACGCAUCAUACCAUACCACAAGGACCCCAACAAACCACACAAGAAGGUCCUCAGGGAAGGUCCCUCUGAACACCGCUCUCCUCUGAUCAGGACGCGCUACAUCCACACUGAGCUGGGCAUCCGAGAGCGCCUCCUGGUGGGUGUGCUGACCUCGCGGGCCACCCUCAACACGCUGGCAGUGGCGGUGAACCGCACCGUGGCCCACCACUUCCACCGCACCUUCUUCUUCACGGGCCUGCGCAGCCCCAAGGUCCCCCACGGCAUGGCGGUGGUGGCCCACGGCGACGACCGGCCUGUGUGGCUGAUGUACGAGACGGUGCGCCACUUGCACCAGCACUACGGCUUGGACUACGACUGGUUCUUCCUGACCCAGGACGACACCUACAUGCAGGCCGAGAGGCUAGCCGAGUUGGUGGGCCACCUCAGCGCUGGUCAGGACCUCUACAUGGGCCGGGCCGAGGAGUUCAUCGGUGGGGAGGAGAGGGCCAGGUACUGCCACGGGGGUUAUGGUUACCUGCUCUCCCGGAGCCUGCUGGCCCGCCUGCAGCCCCACCUGGACACCUGCCGCAAUGACAUCCUCAGCGUCAGGCCUGACGAGUGGCUGGGCCGCUGCAUCAUCGACUACCUGGGUCUCAGCUGUGUGGAGGUGCACCAGGAGAUGACGUAUCGCUACUUUGAGCUGGGGAAGAAUGCAGACCCAGAGCGAGAGGACAGAGCCCAGUUUAAGAAUGCCUUCACGGUUCACCCCGUGUCAGAACCCAGCCUCAUGUACCGCCUGCACAAACGCUUUAGCCAGAUCGAACUGGACUGGACCUACCUACAGAUACAGCAGCUGCAGGUCCAGAUCAACAACCUGAGUGAGCUGACCCCAGAGGGGAAGGUGGGGGCCACCUGGCCCAUCGGCGUCAACCCCCCCUUCAGGCCCAAAACACGAUUCGAGGUCAUCAACUGGGAGUACUUCACCGAGGAGCACAUUUACUCGUGCCCAGACAGCUCCCCCAAGUGUGAGCUGCGUGGCGCCGACCGGGCUGACGUGAGCGCCGUGCUGGAGACGGCUGUGGAGCGCCUCAACGAGCUCUACCAGCCCCAGCUGCGCUUCAGGAAACGGCAUCUGCUCAAUGGCUACCGGCGCUUCGACCCCACGCGAGGCAUGGAGUACGUGCUGGACCUGGCCCUGGAGGCUUUCACCCAGAAGGGUCACAGCCAGGUCAUCGCCAAGCGGGUCAGCCUGCUCCGCCCUCUCAGCACCAUCGAGAUCAUCCCCAUGCCCUACGUGACGGAAGCCACCCGGGUGCAGGUCAUCCUGCCAGUCACGGCCCGCGAGCAGGACUAUGUGAGCAACUUCCUGGACAUGUACGUGAUGAACACUCUGGACACGCAUGACAACGUCCUGCUCACCUUCCUGUUCGUCUACGACCCCUUCGACGCCCAGCGGAUCAGUCAGGCUGACGUGUUCGCCGGCAUCAAGGCCAUGAUUGGCGAGGUGGAGAAGCGUUAUAGCGACGUGAAGAUCCCCUGGAUCAGCGUGAAGACUGAGGUGCCGUCACAGGUCAAGCUGAUGGACAUCAUCUCCAAGAAGCACCCGGUGGAUACGCUCUUCUUCCUGGCCUCGGUGUGGACCGAGGUCAACGCCGACUUCCUCAACCGCUGCCGCAUGAAUGCCAUCAGCAACUGGCAGGUGUUCUUCCCCGUCCACUUCCAGGAAUUCAGCCCGGCAAUUGUGUACCGCGACCAGCAGCCCUCAGCUGCCUCCUCCUUCACUGCCGAGGCGCUGCGCGAUGGACGCUUCGACCGCCACGUCUUCGAGGAGGCCUGCUUCUACAACGCCGACUACAUGGCUGCGCGCACCAAGAUGGCCGCCGACAUCCUGGACAACGAUGAGCUGCUGGAGAGCAUGGACGUGUACGAGAUCUUUGUGCGCUACUCGGGCUUGCACGUGUUCCGGGCGGUGGAGCCGGCGCUGGUGCAGAAGUAUGUGCGGCGGGCGUGCAACCCGCGCUUCAGCGAGGACAUCUACCACCGCUGUGUGCUCAGUAACCUGGAGGGCUUGGCCUCGCGAUCCCACCUGGCCAUGGCCCUGUUUGAGCAGGAGCAGGCCAACAGCACCUAGAGGGUCUAGUUGGGCUCUUCCACUGCAGCACUGGUGUCACUCCAGACUUUUCUGGACCAGGCCUCAGAAGGCAACAUCUUUGGGCCAAACACUGGUGCAGAGCCUGACAGUGGAAAUGCACCAUACUGUAGGUCUACCAUCUAGAAUGACAUGGUGCCUUUGGCCUUUAUGAACCUCAACCACACUGCCUAGACUUUUGGAGUAGGCAUAUUAUGGGAUGCUUAAUCUUUAAACAGAUCCCUAAGGACCAAGGAAUAAGGACCCAUGUGCAAUCUUAGGCCUGCGAAGACUGAGGAACAAUGUUACAACAUGUAUUCCUGCAAACUGUGUGUGCAGGCUGCCAGAACUCUGUGCUUUCACACAAAUGGUAGGCCAAGGGGAGGCUCUACUCGGAGGUGAUGAAUGAACAAUGAGCAACAUUGAUGUCUGAUUAGGGCUGGGUGGUAUACCGUAUUUUACUAUGUACCGGUACUGAUGCUAGGACCAGUUAGUUUUUUUACUUUAUCUUCUAUAACGGUAUUUCAAUGUUUGGUUUGUUAAAUGUGAUACGCCACUCCGGCUCGUGUAAUGUCAGUUUUUAUAGUUUACUCCGUUUGCUACUUGAGCUGUCUCUUUCCUCCUGCAUGCCACUUCCCCAUGCGCUUCCCACGCCAAGCCCUGCCCCCUUUCACUGUUGGUUGUCAAUGUGGUGCCGUUCACUCUGUCUGCAUGGUCAGAUGCAACAAGAUGUUGGUGAAAAUUAUACUGAUUUCCACUUUGCUUCUUAAUAUAAAUCCACAACAGUUCUAUAAUGACAUUAGUUUAUGUAUAUUACAGUCCGCAAACCAGUAAUUUGUAGUUUCUUAGCAAGUUGUGGCUAAAAUAAAUUGUGUUUGGGCUAAUAGCUAGUUAGCUGACUAGCAAGCUAGCUAAAUGUACUCAGAGAAAACGUAGCUAGCUAAUACAGCCUGAUACCAGUGCUGGUGUAGGCCUAGAUCAGUAUGUUGUUUGUGAAAAAGUAUCUUCUAAAUCAGAGCUGAAUAGGCGAUGCAUGAAUAUGUUAGCUAGUGCUAGCUAGCUACAUGACAUAAGAGGAAAUAUGUAGUGUAACAUUAGGGUUCCCUGGGAAACACUGACCAACACUUUGGUUCCUACCCUGUCACAAUAAUUCCUCCCUGGCUUUUUCAUUCAUUGUCAUGUCAAACAACAAUAUAUUCAAAGUACUGCCCACUAUAUUCCCGUGUAGCUCAGUUGGUAGAGCAUGGCACUUGCGCUUGCAACGCCAGGGUUGUGGGUUCGAUUCCCACGGGG